AUGAUUGAUUGAUUAUUACCGCUUCGAGGGAAGAAGAGCUAAUCGAUCACAUUCCAAAAGAGGUUUUAGUUUCAUUUGUUCAAGUGUAGUUUUGAUAUCCAAGCUUCUCUUUGGGUAUCUUUCAAGCUUUGAAUUGUUUCUGUUGUAACAGUGCAACUGUUCCUCGCAGAUCUUGAGCUCCACUUAGCCUCUAGUAUCCUCUUGGAUUGUCCAGCACUGGAAACCUUUGUUACCUAUAUAAGAACUCUUGUUACUGAAACUCUGUAAUUCUAUGGAAAUUCUCUGUGGAGGAUAGAGUCAAGGUACAGGACUCCAAGUCUUCUUUGAGUUUUAAUACUUAACCGACUUGACUGUCUCACAAAGUCAGCGAACUUUUAGUCUUAUUUCAGUAUUCUUGAACUUUUAUAGCUACUGUACAGAAAGUCUUGUCCUGUAAAUGAUGGCUAAGAAUCAGACCUUGGUUUAAGAUUUUUAAGGUUAUUUGUAGGAAACUAACUGAAUUGUGAGUGGGUCUUAUGUUUAUUGCUUUGCUGUACUUUUCAUACGUAAGUUUUUUUUGGUGAGAGAAUCUUUUCAAAGAGACGAACUAUAUAAUAAAAAUAUUUCCACUUUUGGUAAAACCGAUUCUAUUUCGGGAGUUGCACACAGACAUCUUAGGACCAUCUCUGCCUAUUUGUCAUGGUUUUCAUUUCUGUUGUGCCUUUGGGGUUGUUCACAAAUUGGCACUUGUGACGGAGUGAUGUUAUUGUACAGUCAAUAUUCUCCUUUGUAAGUUAAUGAGGCGUUUAAAUAGGACCUUGACCAUAGAUAAAUUAUUUUUUUUAUGACUUCAUUUCCGAUAAUAUUUACCUUUUACACAGCUGUCCAUGAGUAGUUACAUAAUUUAUCAACGUCUCAUAACUUUUUGCCUAUGGAUGAUUGCUAGUCAAUUCAUCAUGAACUUUGCUAAAAUACGAAUUUGGUUACCUUCUUUUCUAUUUCUUUUUGUGACACCGUUUUGCACAAAUUAUGAAAUAACUUUUCAACUAAAACUGAAACAAGGCGAUGCUGGCUAGAAGCGUUGUAGCUCUUCACAGAGGCAGUACCAAAAAGUUGACAAGUAGUUAAGCAAGUCUGAAAAGCGAAAAAAAAAAUUUGGUAUGUGAUAAUAUUUUAGGAAGACUUGUAUCCAAAGGUAACUAAAGUCUCUAUGCUCAAAAAGCUAUGACAAAAAAGAUCAUAUAUACAAGUCAUUGCAUCUUGCUGAAAAGUCUCUUUUCUUUUAGUCAAAUCUAUUUACAGAUGGUUUCAAAACAGAACCAUGUAGCAAACUACUUGAAAAGGGAAACAAUACAUAACAAGGUAGUAACCAUACACUUAGCGUUGUUCAAUUCUGCUUGCAGCUUCAUGUUUGCAAAAACUGGAAAUUCAGAAAAGUGAUAUAACUGUGAAGACUGAUUUUGCCAUUCUUAAGAUUGGAAGAGAAUUACCAACCUCGAAUUCGCCUUGUAAAGAAACCUUGGACAUCUAUUGCAUUAUUGUCUCAUACGGAGCUUUGUGAUUGAUGGUUUGAAGAUGGAGAACAAAACUUUUGAAGCGCAGGAACAUGUUUUUAUUCUUUUAGCCUCGAAGCAAGUACUUUCAUGUAUCACAAUUAAAGACAGAAGAGUAAACUUGGUAUUUCAAGAGGAGAAUGUAUAUUCUUUGUAGCUAGGAUACAAAAAUAUAGUUAGGUUAUACAUAUCUUACAAACACUAAGAUUCCACACUCAAAAAGAUUCUCUGGCAUUCCAGAAUAAAGGGAAUGUGCAAGAAAAAGCAUUAUUUAUGGAAGCGCAAAGUUAAAACUUUCAAUAACAACACAUUGAGAAUUGAUAUCCUUAUAACAAUAAGACUUUAGGUUGUGUUGAGACAAGUCGAUCCACUUUAAGAGUCAAAGAUAACUAGUUGCGUACUUGAAUAGUUGAGAAAUAGAGAAAACGUCAGUAAAAUAACUUGACUAGUAUAAUAGCAAUAGAGAUCUGUGUAAGAAGAAAGGAACUUGACCAUUAUCAAGGCAUCCAAGGUUUUGAACCAAGAAAAAGAGAUUCUCGAAGAUUUCACAAUGUAUAUAAAGUUUUGCAAGAACAA